UUUAAAACAUGAGACACAUUAUUUUAAAACCUAACCAAAUAUUCGGUUUGAUUCUUUGCGCCACUCAAACGCCAAGAUCAAGUGUAAGAUCUGUUAGCAGCAGAAGUCAGCUCCCGUUCAAAUUACGAAGAGCAUCCGUAUCGGCAAAAAUGGCGAACACGACUGCCAGCGAUUCAGAAAAGAAGUCAAUCACUCACGUCAUCUUCGACAUGGAUGGACUUUUGCUCGAUACUGAGAAAUUCUAUACAGAAGUUCAAGAGAUUAUACUUUCAAGAUUCAACAAAACUUUUGAUUGGUCUCUAAAAGCAAAGAUGAUGGGGAAGAAAGCAAUUGAGGCUGCCCGUGUGUUUGUUGAAGAGACCGGAACCAGUGAUUCCCUUUCCGCCGAAGACUUCCUGGUAGAGCGUGAAGCAAUGCUACAAUCCAUGUUUCCCACAAGUGAACUCAUGCCAGGUGCAAGUCGUUUGGUCAAACAUCUACAUUCGACAGGUGUCCCAAUUUGCGUUGCAACAGGUUCUCAUAAAAGGCACUUUGAAUUGAAAACACAAAGACAUGGUGAGAUAUUUUCAUUAAUGCAUCAUAUUGUGAUGGGAGACGAUCCGGAAGUCAAACAAGGCAAACCAUCACCUGAUAUAUUUCUUGCAGCUUCCAGAAGAUUUGAGGGUGGAUGUGUGGAUCCUUCCAAGAUUCUUGUUUUUGAAGAUGCACCAUCGGGAGUUCUUGCAGCUAAGAAUGCUGGAAUGUCUGUAGUUAUGGUUCCGGAUCCAAGAUUGGAUACGUCAUUCCAUGAAACUGCAGAUAAAGUGGUGACGUCACUGUUGGAUUUUAACCCAAGUGAGUGGGGUCUUCCACCAUUCACGGAUUCAGAAACCUAGGACUCUUUUUAAGGUAAGUGGAAUUAAUAUUAUUCUGAAACAGGAAAGCCGCUAUUUAACCUGAUAUAUGGAUGGAUUAUUGAUUUGCAUAUUUAAUAUUUUUGUAUUACAUUUUUAUCCUUUAUAUUCAAACUUAUCACUUUGCAGGU